CCCGUUCCUCGGUCUAGUCCGUCUGCUGCAAGGCGGACAAAACGACCGCGUGUGGAGCAAGCGGUAGAAGUUAACGGACGACUCACUUGGCCAAACCCAAGGAACCCUACAGCGCGCCACUUGCUUCUUCUUCUUCUUCCCACUCGGUCAUCUUACCUUAAUCAACACAUUUCAUUCUCUUGUAUUUAUUUGUCAUUCCCCCCUCCAAAAUGACCCGUGGCCCGUUGGCGGUUGGGCUGCUGGUGGCUUUGUGCUUAAGCGGCGCGGUCGACUGCAAGACAAAGACCCCAAGGAACCGGGAAAGUAGGCAGAGUGGUCAGUACCGGGUGUAUCCAGAGCUCCACGACCAAUCGCCCGUGACUGCAGCCGGUUGCUCAGAAAACGGUCGCACUUACCGAGUGAACGACCGAUGGGAGAAAGUGUAUCAAGGAAACAAUCUGGUGUGCACCUGCAACGGGAGAGAGGGAAUCCACUGCAGGAGUAAAGUACAAGACCAGAACUCGUGCUACGAUACAACCAACCUCCAGACUUACCGCCUGGGUGAGACUUACGACCGGCCCAAGGAUGGGAUGAUCUGGGACUGCACAUGCGUCGCUGCAGGCAGAGUCAGCUGCACUAUUGCAAACCGGUGUCAUGAGGGCGGAAAGUCGUAUUUAAUCGGCAACACCUGGCAGAAGCCACACCCGACCGGGAACUACAUGCUGCAGUGCGAGUGUCUGGGGAACAACAAAGGGGAGUGGACCUGCAAGCCCGUGGCUGAGCGCUGCAAUGACAACUCUGCCGGCGCAUCGUACGUGGUGGGGGAGACCUGGGAGAAGAGCUACCAGGGCUGGAUGAUGAUGGACUGCACCUGCCUGGGGGAGGGCAACGGACGCAUCACCUGCACCACCAAGAACCGCUGUAACGACCCACAGACCCAGGGCACCUACCGCAUCGGGGAGAGCUGGACCAAGAGGACGGACAAGGGGGAGCUCCAGAGGUGCAUCUGCACUGGGAACGGACGCGGGGAGUGGAAGUGUGAGCACACCAUCCAAGGCAACGCCAUCGCCACCCCCAUCGGGACGCACCUCGGGACGGCGCUGGUGACCAGCCUGAGCGUCCACCCCGUCCCCCUGCCCCAGACCCCCACCGAGGGCACCUGCCGCACCGACUCGGGCACCACGUACCAGGACGGCCAGCGAUGGGUCCGCACCCAGGGAAGCAAGCAGCUGAUCUGCACCUGCCUGGGGAACGGCAUCAGCUGCCAGGACUGGGAUGCCCGAUCCCUAGUGUACGGCGGCAACGCCGACGGCAACCCUUGCGCAUUCCCCUUCACAUACGGCGGGAAGACGUACUACUCGUGCACGCAGGACGCGCGCACGGACGGACAGCUGUGGUGCUCCACCACCUCCGAUUACGACAGUGACCAGCUCUACUCCUUCUGCAGCGAGAAAUUCUCCAUGGUGCCGACGCGAGGCGGGAACUCAAACGGCGCCCUCUGCUACUUCCCCUUCCUGUACAACGGCCGCAACUACACCGAGUGCACGUCCGACGGCCGUCGCGACGGCAUGAAGUGGUGCAGCACGUCGCCAGAGUACCGGGACGACAGCUACGGCUUCUGUCCCAUGGCGGCCCACGAGGAGGUGUGCACCACCAACGACGGCUCCAUGCACCGCGUGGGCGACAAGUGGGACAAGCACCACGACACCCUGGGCUACCUGAUGCAGUGCACGUGCCUGGGCAGCGGGCGCGGGGAGUGGAGCUGCAUCGCCUACACCCAGCUCAAAGAUCAGUGCAUCGUGUCCGGGAAGACCUACGACGUGAACCAGGAGUUCUACAAGCGCCACGACCUGGGCUACAUGAUGAACUGCUCCUGCCUGGGACAGGGCAAGGGGCGCUGGAGGUGCGACGCCGUUGACCAGUGCCAGGAACCAGUCACCCAGACCUUCUACCAGAUCGGGGAGAGCUGGGACAAGACGAACCAGGGCAUCCCCUACCUGUGCACCUGCCUUGGGAACGGAGCCGGAGAGAUGACCUGCGAGCCACAGCAGGGAGGGGUCAAUCAUCCCGUGAGGGUCACCAUCUCGGAGGCGGGGCGGCAGCCCAACUCGCGGCCUAUCCUGUGGAACGCCCCUCCCUCGGUCCAAGUCACCAAGUACACCCUCAAGUGGAGAGUGAAAAACAGCCGUUCUCCGUGGAAGGAGGUGUCGGUGCCGGGCCAGCUGAGCUCCUACACCAUCUCAGGGCUGCGCUCCGGCGUGACCUACGAGGGUCAGCUGAUCAGCGUCCUGCGCUACGGACGCCAGGAGGUCACGCGCUUCGACUUCACCACCAACCACGGCUCACUGGCCAGGUGGGAGGGUGAGACCACGGCCCCACCCCCUGUGGUGGACACCUCCGAGUCUGUGACGGAGAUCACCUCCAACAGCUUCGUCAUCUCCUGGACCUCCGCCUCCGACACCAUCUCCGGGUUCAAGGUGGAGUACGAGCUGAGCGAGGAGGGGGCGGAGACGCAGGCCAUCAAUCUACCUCGGACGGCCACCUCGGUGAACAUCGACCAGCUGCUGCCCGGGCGCCGGUACAACGUCAACGUGUUCGAGCUCCCCACCGGGGGACAGCCCACCCUGAUCCUCAGCACCUCGCAGACCACCGCCCCGGACGCCCCGACUCAGCAAUCUGUGGGCGCGGUGGAUGACAACAGCAUCUACAUCACCUGGUCCAAACCCUCGGCCCCCAUCACAGGCUACCGGUUGGUGUACGUCCCGGCUUUGGAGGGCUCCAGCACGGAGCUGACGCUGCCGUCCACCGACACCUCCGUCAAGCUGGUGGACCUGCACCCCGCCGUUCUCUACAACAUCAGCAUCUGGGCAGUGGAGGAGGAGCAGGAGAGCCUGCCCGUCUUCUUCCAGGUCUGGACGUCGGGCUCCCCCGUCUCAGCGUUCGUCCCGCCCCCGAGCAACCUGCAGUUCUACGAGGUGACCGACACCAAGAUCUCCCUGACCUGGGAGGGCCCUCCGGAGGAGGUGACGGGCUACACGGUCAUCUUCCACCCCAUGACCCCCGAGGGGGCCAAGCAGCCCCUCACGCUGCCCCUGUCCUCGGUGGCCAAGGUGGAGCUCACCUCGCUGAAGCCCGGCACCCAGUACCGCUUCCUCGUCUACGCCGUCAACGGGGCCACCGAGAGCGAGCCCCUGACCGCGUUCAAGACCACCAGGCCCGGCACGCCCACGGACGCGGAGAUCUCCGAGGUGGGUCCGGACAGCGCCGUGGUGGUGUGGGGCGCCCCCGAGUCCACGGUGACGGGUUACCUGCUGGUGCUCAGCAAGCAGGGCAACGUGCUCUACUCCCGCAAGGUCCCACUGGAUGUGACCCGCUACCACCUGACGGACCUGGAGCCUGAGACGGAGUACACCGUCACCCUGCACUCCCACCUGGACCAGGACCUCAGCCCCGAGACCACCAGACACUUCACCACCACUCCCCAGACGGGCACCUUCCCCAACUUCACCCCGGACUACACGGACACCUCCAUCAUCAUCACAUGGUCGCCGAAGCCCAGGUUCAGCUACAAGCUGUCGGCCCAGCCCACGCUGCCGGGCCAGUCCGGCACCACCCCCCGACCCUCCACCUCCGACAGCGGGGUCGUCACGGUGACGGGCCUGACCCCCGGGACCGAGUACACCUACAGCCUCCAGCCCGUCGUCAACGGCCGUAACCAAGGCAAACCGUUCAACCAUAACGUCGUCACCCUGCCCUCGGCCCCCACUGACCUCAGUGUCCUGACCAACCCCAACGGCCUGAGCUGGACCGUCAGCUGGAGCCGCUCCAACACACCAGCCCUGACGGGUUACCGUGUGACGAGCCACGGGUCCUCCGUCGAGGGCCAGCGAAGAGACACCCUGGAGGAGCUUGUGGGUCCGGACCAGACCUCCAUGAACCUGGAGGGCCUGAGUCCCGGGGUGGAGCACGAGAUCAGUGUGGUGGCGGUGAAGGGAGACCAGGAGAGCAAGCCAGUGUCCACCACCGUCACGCCAGGCGUCCCCGCUCCGGAGAACCUGAGGGUCGGAGGGGUGGGCGCCGACCACAUGAGGGUGACCUGGACCAUCCCCAGCGUGCCCACGCCCAGCCAGAUCUCCCGCUUCGUGGUGCGCUACCACCCGGUGGCCAGCGACGAGGACGUGAGAGAGAUCAACGAGGGCGGAGCCACCAACACCGUCCUGCUGCAGAACCUCCUGCCCUACACCGAGUACCACAUCAGCGUGGUGGUUGUGUUCGGAGACCGAGAGAGCGUGCCGGUCACAACAACACAGAAAACCACCCUGGACUCCCCCACCGGUCUGGACUUCUCUGAAAUCGCCACCAAUUCCUUCACCGUCCACUGGGUGGCGCCCACGGCCGUGAUCAGCGGCUACCGGCUGCGCUACGAGCAGGUGAACAACAAGCGGGUCAGGGAGGAGCGCCUGCCCCCGAGCCGGAACCACUACACCCUGACCACCCUGGAGCCCGAUACCGAGUACCUGGUGUCACUGUUCGCCGUAAACGCCCGCGACGAAAGCCUACCUCUGACCGGCACUCAGGGCACUACCUCGGACGCCCCCAGUGACCUGGCGGUGGUCUACUCUGAGCCCACCAAGAUCAGCAUCAGCUGGGACGCCCCCUCGGCCCCAGUGAGGUACUACAGGGUCACCUACGGGAGCGAAGCUGGGGAGACCCCACAGGAGUUCACCCUGCCAGGCAGGGAGACCAACGCCACCAUCACCGGUCUGAGCUCGGCCACCGACUACACCAUCACCGUGUACGCCGUCAGCGGACGGGGGGACAGCCCCUCCUACAGCACCCCCGUCGCCGUCAAACACACCACCGAAAUGGACAGCCCUGUCGGCCUGGAGGUCACCGGGAAGACCACCAACUCCCUGACCGUCCGCUGGAGCCCCGCGCCGGGCCCCGUCUCCGGCUACAGGAUCUCCAGCACCCCCGAGAACCAGCCCAGGGACACCUUCUCCGAGGUCCUGGGCCCAGCCCAGACAGAGAGGACCAUCACUGGCCUGAACCCGUCCACGGUCUACACAGUCCGGGUGUUCGCCCUGGACAAGGACAACAAGGCCUCCCCGCCCGCCGUGGAGACCGCCACCACUGACAUGGACGCCCCCAAGCAGCUGAGCUUCUCCGACGUGGACUCCACCUCCAUGCGGAUCUCCUGGGCGCGUCCCAGCGGCACCGUCUCCAAGUACCAGGUGAUGUACUCCCUCCCCGGGGACCGUGAGCGGGAGCUGCGCCCGGCCCCCCGCCCCGACCAGAGCACCGCGCUGCUCCGCGGCCUGAGACCCGGCACCGUGUACACCGUCAAGGUCAUCGCCUACCAGGACCGCCGCCCCAGCCGCCCGCUGGUGGGCUCCCAGGCCACCGCCAUCCCCGCUCCCACGGACCUGAAGGUGGACUCCCUGGAGGCCACCACGGUGGUCCUGUCCUGGCGCGCCCCCAACUCCCAGCUCACGGGCUACCGCGUGGUGUUCCACCCCAAGGACAGCUACCAGGGGCCCGCCAAGGAGCUGAACCUGGCCCCCGACACCACCAGCGCCACCGCCAGCGGCCUGAUGGUGGGAACCACGUACAUUGUCCAGGUGUUUGCGCUUCAAAACACUCUCUCCAGCCAACCAUUAACAGAAGAAGUCACCACACUGCAAGAAGUGAGCGCUCCGCGGCAGCUCGUCGUCAGGGAGAGGACAGAGAACUCCUUCACUCUGGUGUGGCGAACCAAGAUGGAGCCCAUCUCCGGCUUCCUCAUCAUCACCACGCCCGUGGACAGAUCCAGCGGCCCCGUCAGGGAGGUGGUCCCGGGAGACAGGAAGCAGUUCACCCUGACCGGUCUGCAGCCGAACACCGCCUAUGAGAUCGCCAUGUACACGCUGAAGGGGGACGCGAAGAGUCCCCCCUACAUCAUCACUGAGACCACAGCCGCGCCGGCGUUCCUGCCCCCGACCAACCUGGAGUUCUUGUCCUUGACCCCCACCAGCGUGUCCUUCCGCUGGCAGCCCCCCUCCACCCGCUUCAGCGGGUACUUCGUCACCUACGAGGAGUCCGGCGGACCCCCACGCGCACUCAGCCCGUCCCCCCACGCUGGCCAGAACUACGCCACCAUCCACGGCCUGAGACCCAACACCCGGUACCUCAUCAAGAUCUACGCCGUGCAGAACCACCAGAAGAGCCCAGCCCUGGAGGGCAAAGUCAACACCAAAGUGGAGCCCUCGCUUAUCCCCACCAGCCCCGAGGAACCCGACACCUCCGACAUCCUGGUGACCUCCAGCGGCCAGCCGGGCCAGGACGGCCACGGCCAGGGCGUGGAGUACGAGUACAGCGGUACCGGGGGCGGCGGCACGCCCCAGCCCCAGCGCGAGACGCUGGUGCUGCUGCCGCUGCCCGACCGUGACGGGAACCGCAUCCCCGUGGUGGAACCCCAGCUGCCCGCUGUUAACCCGUAUGCUUUCAUAGAGAGGUCCACCGGGCUGCCCCAGGAGGCCCAGACCCGCACCACCGUUCGCUGGCCCGCCUACCGCCAAAGCACCGCCUACCUGGUCACCUGCCGCCCGCCCUCCCAGAGUGGGGAGACGGAAUUCCAGAUGCGUCUGCCCAACACCGCCACCGGCGCCACCCUGGUGGGCCUGAGCUCUGUCUCCUACAACGUCAUCGUGGAGGCACUGAGGGGGCUCCUGAAGGAGAAGAUCCUGGACACCUACAUCACCGCCGGCAACUCAGUCAGCGAAGGCGGGGCUAUGGCAGCGACUCCUGCUACGACGCCUUCACGGCCACCAACCACGAGGUGGGCGCCCAGUGGGAGCGCAUGUCCGAGACGGGCUUCAAGCUGUGGUGCAAGUGCCUGGGCAUGGGCAGCGGCCACUUCCGCUGCGACUCCUCCAAGUGGUGUCAUGACAACGGCCACAACUACCGCGUGGGCGAGAAGUGGGACCGCAAGGCCGACAACGGCCACAUGAUGAGCUGCACGUGUCUGGGAACGGCAAGGGCGAGUUCAAGUGUGAACCGCAUGAAUCGGUGUGUUACGAUGAGGGCAACUCGUACAAUGUGGGCCAGCAGUGGCAGAAGGAGUACGAAGGAGCCAUCUGCACGUGCUCCUGC